AUGGCGACAACCGUUGAGACAAUAACCCAAAACCUUCCAGCGCUUGCGCUUAUCCCUUCAGAUCAUGCUGGAGAAGCACGGGCUCCUUCAUCAUCCGAGACAGAAAUCCAAAGAUCUUAUCGCUACACCCAUCUUCUUCCUCACUUCUCUCCUGAAACAUAUCCGCCAUUAGAGCCCUUUGAGCAUUUGGAUCCUGGAUUCCGUGCACUGUCUCAUCCGAACCCUACCUCCUUCUUGAAUGAUGCUUCGGCUGUGACCGAGUUGACACCGAAUCUGGGGACUGAAAUUCAUGGCAUCAGCCUAGCCCGAUUGGAUGCCGACGCUAGGGACCAACUUGCACUCCUAGUGAGCUCUGUUUCGAAUUUAGUUGCCAGGAGAGGUCUCGUCGUCUUCAGGGGUCAACAAGAAUUUAUCGACAGAGGUCCAGACUCCUACUUGGAAUGGGGGAGGCACUUCGGACGCCUUCACGUUCAUCCUACAUCAGGACAUCCUCAAGGAUAUCCCGAGCUGCAUCUCGUUUUCAAGGAAGCAAACACCACCUUCAACUUUGAGAGGGACGAGAGCAUCACAUCCACUCUCUGGCACUCUGACGUCUCGUAUGAGCUGCAACCUCCCGGACUCACCACGUUCUUUUUGGUCUCCCAGCCUUCGACUGGUGGGGAUACACUCUUCAUUUCUCAGGUAGCGGCCUUGAAAAAGCUUUCGCUCCCAUUUGUCGCAUUCCUGCGUACAUUGAAGGCCAUCCACUCGGGAGUCGAGCAGGCCAACUUCUCGCGUGCAGGUCGGAGAGGUGGAAUUGUGAGGCGUGAGCCUGUCGAAAAUGCCCAUCCCAUCGUCCGCCGGCAUCCUGUAACGGGUGAAGAGGCAUUGUAUAUCAAUCGCCAAUUCACGCGUCGCAUUGUUGGUCUCAAACGCGAGGAAUCGGGCAAGCGAUACAACCUCCUCGAAUUCCUGUUCUCGCAUAUUGACAAGGCUGGCGAUCUCCAAGCCCGCGUUAAGUGGAGCCCUAAUACCGUUGUUCUCUGGGAUAAUCGGGUCACUGCACAUUCCGCUAUAGUGGAUUACGGAGAGUCUAAGGAGCGCCGCCACGGUGCCAGAAUCACCCCUCAAGCGGAGAGACCGAUUCCUGCGCAAGAAGGUUUGAAUCUGGACGUCUAGGUAGACAUACGGCUUGAUGAUUCGAAGGGAGCGUGUGAUUGUCUAUAGCAGCUGGAAGGAUGAAGCUUCUGUAUAGUUAAAUUUGUACGAAAGUCGUUGAACGUUCUUUGUCGUCGAAAUCACUGUUAGCUGCAAGCUUCAAUUCCCUUUUAUGGGUUGGCGAAGGCAAUACACAGUCAAUACACGUC